AUGAAAGAGGAGACGGCAGUGACUGUGAGAGAAGUGCCGCUGCAAGAAGAGCAACUAAGCGAUGAGGUGGCUUUAAACGCAGAAGGUAAGACACCGCGAAUUGUGCUACUUACGGAACUGGCGACACUGGUCGCCGACCAUGCACGCAUUGACAAGGAUAAGCUUCUUGCUACCCAGCCGAAACAACAAGACAGGACCAGACCAGCACGCUCCGCCAGUAAAGCUACUGAUGGAGAUACGCUCUCGAAUGCAUACGUUCCCGUCGUAACCGACGUGCGCGCAGCCAAGUCCCUUGAGAUGCUGUCCGAGCUGGUGAAAACCCAGCUGACAAGCAUGGAGCUGAUUGGCAGCUCUGCAAAGACGAAGACGUGUCAUUGCGCCGUUAAGAGCUGGAGCUAA